CCACGGAUCCGGGCCCAUCUAUUGUGCGCCGUUGACAUGAGGCUUACUCCCGCAGACAAAGCUUUGAGCGGUCCUAGAAAUAUCGGUUCGCACCUUCUCUGUGGCACAAAUUGUUCCUGGGCUGUUUGCGCGCAGGACAAAGGGUUGCAUUCUCUGCACGCCGUUAAAUAGCUAGGCUUGCUCACUCCUCCUGCUCACCUUCUGCCCCCCUCUCUUUCGCUAGUCGACGAGACUCCCUCUGGAAUCCUGUCAACAUGUUGUACAUGUUGCCACUCGCUCUCCUUCUCGUCACCCUGUCCUCUGCCUGGGCUGCGCCCAUGUGCAGUCUCCGGUCGGCUUCGUCGGCAGCCGCAUCUCCAACUCCAUCUUCAAGCCCAGCGGGUGGCUCCAGCUUGACCCCUCCGGCAACCUCUGGCUCCGGCAACUCCUCUAACAAUGAUAUCGUGGCCACAGCGUGGUACACAGGCUGGAAUUCGGCACAGCUCCCUGUGUCCCAGGUCAGCUGGGACAAGUACACUUCGAUGACUUACGCCUUCGCACUUCCACAGUCGGACGGCACUAUCCUCCUCCAAUCCAGCGAUGUUGCGCUGCUUCCACAGUUUGUUGAGGCAGCUCACAGCCACAACACUAAAGCCUUGCUUACGAUUGGAGGUUGGACGGGUUCGAUGUACUUUUCCUCCCUUGUGGGCAAUGCGGAUAAUCGUACCGCCUUUGUCAAUGCUUCGAUGCAGCUCGUGAACCAGUAUAAUCUUGACGGGCUUGACUUCGACUGGGAGUAUCCUGGCUCGUCAGGCGAUUGCAAUGUCAACAGCCCGGAUGAUACUCAGAACUUCCUCUCGUUCUUGCAAGAGCUUCGUGGACAGGCCUCAAAUCUCACGCUCUCCGCUGCUGUCUCCCUUAAGCCGUGGGUUGAUAGUUCUGGGAACCCUUCAACGGACGUCUCGGGUUUCGCCAAGGCCCUCGACUACAUUGCCAUUAUGGACUACGAUGUCUUUGGUCCCGGCUGGUCCAAUAAUGUCGGUCCAAAUGCUCCCUUGAAUGAUACCUGCGCUCCCAGUGGCGACCAGGAUGGUUCUGCUGUCUCGGCUGUGAACGCGUGGACCGCUUCCGGUUUCCCAGCAAACCAGAUCGUCCUUGCGCUCGCUGCUUAUGGCCACGGUUUCGUCGUCAACUCUUCGACUGCUUUCGACAGCAGUAAUAUAGCUGCCUCUGCUUCUUCCACGAGCAGCGCCAUGCCCGCCGGAACGACCCCGAUUGCUGCGUAUCCCACAGUUGGCAACAGCUCGACCCCCGAGGGUGAUUCCACCGAUGCCUGGUCUCCGGGUGGUGGUGUCGAUGAAUGCGGUCGCCCUACUUCGCCCGGCUGGGGCGGUAUCUGGAACUUUGCUGGAAUGAUCACAGGUGGUGUUCUAGACCAGAACGGCACCGCCGUCUCUGGUGUAGGCUACCGCUUCGAUACCUGCAGCCAGACACCGUACGUAUACCUUGAGGACAAGCAGACCAUGAUCUCCUACGACGACCCGACAUCCAUUGCUGCGAAAGGCCAGUUCAUCGCGGAGCAGGGCUUGCGUGGUUUCGCUAUCUGGGAAGCCGCGGGCGACUACAACGACUUACUGCUCGACGCAGUCUCAAACGCUAUUGGCAUCGAGGAGCAUUGAUUGAUGACCGGCAACGACUUUUACACGCCUGCGAAAUGAGGCUGUCUCCUGGCGAGACGGUCAUGGGUACACCAAGGGUAAUGAUGUGGCUCUGACGCUCUUUUAUAAAUUUUCUUGGGCUAUCUGUGGUAUUUGCUUGUUCAUUGUGUAGCAUGCGUGUACGCGUACUACGAUGUGUAUAACCACUAACAUGUAAACUGCAAAG